AUGUAUCAGGCACCUCAUUUAACAGCAGACAAUAGACACAUUAGUACGUCGUCGAGUGUAUAUUCUCCGAUAGAAUCAGAAUUUGGAUUUGAAAAUAAGUAUAAUAACAUACCUGAAGAAGAGAGAGAAGAAGGAAUAGAAGAAAGGAGAGGAGAAGAAGCUAUGGAUGAAUUUGACCGUCGCCAAUCAUCUCAUGGUAGUUGUGAGACAGGCAGCACUCAAUACGUCUCGUAUGAUGAUUUCCAGCCGCUCGUACAAGGAGAAAGUAACCAAACAUUACAGAGUUACAUGACAGCGAACAAUGAGGGCGAUAUGAGUUUCAGUUCCAUCAAUAACUCAUUGCUCAGGAAUAGUCAAGAUAGUUUGAAUUAUAAUCAUGACGAAACUCUAUCUCCAGGGAGCAUGGAACCCGAUGAAGAUGCUACUCCCCUAGUCAACAUGCCCUCAUCAUUCCAGGACCCUAUAGAUGACAGAACUCCUAUAGUGGGGAUAGAUGGAAAGUUUGUAAAACUGGGGUCUGACAAUUUAUUAAAUCCACAUGGAAAGACAACGCUAUUACCACAGCAGGAUUUGAGUAGAAAGUUUCAAAGAUUAUCUAUGACUUUACAACAAUCUAAUAUGGCUACCUCAGGGGAUUCAUUUCAGUUUAUGAAUUCUUUCCAGCAAAACAUUGAAAAGGCCAAUAGAUUAAGCCUAAAUAAUAGAGAUUCAAAUGAUAGAACAAGCUCUUAUUACCAAAAGAUAAGUGAACCUAUACCACAUGAUGAAGUGGAUGAAGACCAUGUAAUUAAUGGCACACAAUCAGAAGUCAGUACAAUAAGUAAUAGAUCAAGUAUAAUAGGGUAUGAAAAUGACUACAAUGAUGCAACUAGCAGUGCUAAUAAUUCACUUAGGAAUAGUACUUAUCUGGACAAGCCUAUAUUGAGCAAUUCUUCUAGUUUCAAUUUUAAUAAUGUUCAGAGCGAGGAUAGUAGUCCAACAUCUUCAAAGAGCACUAGUGGUAAGAAUUCGUAUACUAAUAUACGGGGUUCUAGAAUUUCCCCUCUAAAAGUUGUGAAAAAAACUAGUAUUUCCACCAUAGACGACGACGAUGUUCCGAUAAGAAAGGAUUUAUUGCAAAAAAUUGAACAAAUUCCAGGCGAUGAUAGCAAAAAAAAUGUAUCAGAGAAAGAAAAAGUUGACAUGUUUAUUGCUUCAAUGAGUCUUGGGGAUGGAAAAAAUGUGGAAGAAGAAGAGACUAAUGGUUUAAAUAUCAAGUAUACUGAUUCUUCACUCGAUCCAAGAAAUAAAUCAUACGAAGAUUCAGACACAACAGCUGAAAUUGAUACCACUGACGAGAACGUUAACGAGAGCAUACCAGAAUCAACAGUAUCAGAUAAUCAAUUGGAUGAAGAGAAUUUAUCAUCCUUAUUUAUAAGGGCAUUGCACCCAUUUGAUUCAUCAUCCUUACAGCUUGAAUCAGAUGCCUCGAUAUGUUUAUCGUUCGAGAAAGACGAUUUAGCUUUUGUUCACACUAUUGAUGACUCUGGAUGGGGUGAAGUGACGAUGAUAGAUUCAUUACAACGGGGCUGGAUUCCAAUGAAUUAUUUCACAAUUGCAGUUAAUGAUGAUAAUAUUGAUGAAACGAGGUCCACAGAAGAUUUAGAGGAAGACACUGGAAGAAUACCGAACAGUGUUUAUUUGAAACCGUUAUUUCAUUCUUGUGGUAAAUUCUUAAUAAAUCCUUUAUCACAUAAGAAUCGUCGUGGAAGAUUUACUUUUUCAACAAGAGUAGUGAAUUCAAUUAGAGAUGGGGUUAGAAUCUUAUUGCAAGAAACUGAUUGUUUAUCAAGAACUAAUGAAAUUGUUACUAAAAGAGAAAUAGUUAGAAAAACUCGUAAAUCUUUGCUAGCCGAUUGGUAUAAUUUGAUGCUAAAAGCGAAUGAAUUUAAAGGGACAUCAAAUUUCAAUAAAAUUGAGAUAUUGACCUUAAUGGUCUACCAAGUUACCAAAAAGGCAAUUGCAUUCUUACAAGUUUGGUCAAUUGAAAGUAGACAGAUUAUUAAGAGAGAGAAUGAAAAGAAGUUACAGAAUGAUAUGAAUAAUUAUCCAUUGUUACCAUCUCCUCCACAAGCAAAACAAAGAAUAACUGAAAUAAAUGGAUUGUUAUAUUCUUAUUUAGGUUUGAUUAUUGGAAGACUUGAUUUAAUUGAACAUAAUUCUGUUGGAUGCGAUAUUUUGGAAACAGUCACUCAUCAGGUUAUAUUAUUGUUAAGAGAAUUAUUAUUUAUUUCCAAAACUGGUUCAGACUUUUCUUCCGAAAAACCUGCGGACUUGGAUGGUUCGUUAGAUGCGUUAUUAUCUUUGGUGAGCGACUUAGUUUCAGGCGUGAAAAGUUUGAUUAUGAAGACAUUGAAUGAAUCUGAUGAAGAUCAAAAGAAUCUGAUAAACGAGAAGGGUGUUCAAAGUACUCCAAUGAAAGAUUAUUACUAUACCCAAGAAGGUGGUGAUUUGAUUCAAAUUGCAGCUAGAAUGAUUAAAUCUAUCAGUAAAACAAUCUCUUCUAUUAGAAGGUUAUUAGAAGUUACUGGUGAUUUUAAAUUGAAUUCAGAAAGAUCUUACCCUGACUACUCUAAAAUGAAAGUUGAACCAGAAGAUUUUGUCAAGAAAUGCUCUAUCGGAAUUGCUAAAACUCAGAUGCUUAAAGGCCGUGGGUUGAAUACAUUGCAACCUCCUAAAGGGAGGGCAUCUAACAGGUACUCUAUGAUUAGAUCUGGGAAACCGGGUGACUUAAGUAUAACACCAAGUGGAGCAAAUAUGCUACAUGACGUACUUCAGACUGACGAUUCAUUCAGCUCUAAUCCCGAAUUUGAAAAAUUCACUACUAGUAACAAAGAAACGUCUACCGAGAGGCACAACAUUAAUGAUGAAUUAUUGGUGGAUGAAAAUGGUAAUUUAUUAGGAGCAUCAUUCAAAGGAUUAGUUUAUACUUUGACGAAUGAAAUAUCUCCUCCAGAAUACUUUUUCGUCUCGACAUUUUUUAUUUGUUUCAGAAGUUUCGCUAAUGGUAUUGAUUUAAUAGAAGAAUUAAUAACAAGAUUUGAAAUGAAUCAUACGACGUUUAGAAAUAAUGAAAAGUCUGAUAUUGGCGAAGAAAUGAGACUCAAGAAUAGGAGGAAAUUAAUCAUUAAGAUGUUCCAGUUAUGGUUAGAAUCUUACUGGAAUCAUGAAGCGGAUAGUUCUUUAUUAACUACAUUAGUAAAUUUCUUCAAUGAGGGAAUAUCAGUUUACCUACCUUUGGAUUCUUUAAAAUUAUUGGAAGUUGCAGCAAGAUUAUCUUCAAAACCUUUAACUGAGAAUCAAAAACGUAACCGUAGGCCAAGAACAGAUAAGCAAUUGAUUAGCAGAAGCAUCACUGUAACCAGGUCUAAUAGAAAGCGGUCAAGCGGUUUCGCAGAUAAUACCCUUUCAUCAAGAUAUUCAAUGGUAGACGGUUAUGAAUUGUCUAGGAUCAACACGAAAUCAUCAACUUCUAGUUUAAAAUCAAUGUCAUUAUCAUUACCAUUAGGAGUUGGAAAUCAAACAUCAUCAUCAAGCUCAUUAUUAACUAAGAAUCAAUUGAUCACCAUAGAAAAGGUGAAUUUGACUUUCAGAGCUAUUUUGGGAGAUAGUUGGUGUCCAGCGAAAUAUAUUAAUACAAAAACAUUCAUACCAUUAAGUUUAGCUAGUAUUUUGAGUAAGUGGUAUAACGUUUGUGAUCAAAGUUGGGUUCUUUCCAACUAUAGGCCAAAUUUAUUAGACUUUAACGGAUUAGAGCUUGCUAAGCAGCUUACCUUGAUCGAAUCACAUAUCUUCUGUUCUAUUAAGCCAGACGAAUUAUUAAACCAAAACUUUACCGCCAAGAGAGCUCACUUAAAGUUAGCCCCUAAUAUUAGACAGUCUUUAUUAUUCACAAAUUGUUUAUCCGGUUAUGUUUUGGAAUCGAUUUUACAACCUAAAAUUAAUCAAAAGAUGAGAGUCAACAUUAUUAAGACUUGGUUGAAGGUAGCUAUAUCAUGCUUGUAUUUGCGAAAUUUCAAUUCUUUGGCUUCAAUUAUCACCUCUUUGCAAUCCCAUUUGAUUACAAGAUUAACUAAGGUUUGGGUCGAUUUAUCGGAUAAAUAUAAAGAAUUAUACGAAUACUUGUCUGGAAUUAUCCAUCCUCAGAAGAACUUCAAUGUGUACAGGACAAAGCUUAGAAACUUUUUGGUGUCCAACGAGUAUAAUAUUCCAAUCGUUCCGUAUUUUUCGUUGUUCUUGCAGGAUUUGACAUUCGUUACUGAUGGUAAUCCUAACUAUAGAAAGGCAAAUUCGUUCUUGAACCAAAAAGUUAUUAACAUUGAUAAGUACUUAAAGACUACCAGAAUCAUUGCUGAUAUUGAAAGCUUACAAACUUCAUAUAUAGAUGCGGAUACUAACACGUCGAAUGAACGCAGGAGAAGUAGUUUAUUACUUGGUAUCGGUGCUAGCAAAACGACUGAUCUGGAUGAAUAUAACAUUGUUCCUGCUCCGCCUUUACAAGAAUUAAUUUUAUUAGAAUUAUGGAAGGUCUGCCAAUUAAACAGAAAGGAAGAAGAUAGAGCCUGGAAGUUGAGUUGUUUGAUUCAACCAAGAGAUGCUAGUUAG